AUGGAGGCCAGCGAGGGUUCGGACUUUCCGAGGAGAGUGAGCUCCGCGAUGGAGAAUUCCAUCCAGCUUCUGGACUUGGAAGAGGAGGCGGCGGACUUGGACCUGGAGCCUUCCACGACGCUCCCAAGCCUCCGACGCGCCGUCGAGGCGGCCUUGGGCAUCCCCGAGGCGGAGCAGCGCUUGGUCUACGCGGGCACCCAGCUGGAGGAAUGCGUGACGCCUGCCUGGCGCGCCCGGCGCAGCGGCGGAGGCGGAGCCCUGGCCGCUGCUUUGGGCUUGGAGCGGCUCCUGGACGGAGCUUUUCUCACCUUGGAGCACCACGGCAUCCAGAAGGGCUCCGUCCUGAACGUGGUGCGGAAGGUCUCGCAGCCAGAGGAGGCGUCUAGAAAUGGCUACACGCAAGUCGAGGCCGCUUACUCGGCUGCCCAGCAGCCCCAGCAGCCCCAGCAGCCCCUGCAGCCCCUGCCGCCCCAGCCUGGCGGGCAGCCCGAGCUGAACGCCACUUUCCCAGCGUCCGCCCUGCAACGCUCUCCGUGCUCCCUGCACCCGCAACUGGACGCGCUGAAUGACUUGGAGCUGCUCGUGCUCCUCAGGCCAUUGCUGCGACGCAGGCCGACGCUGCGCGCCGCGCUCUUGGCGGAGGAGGCGGCGCCCGCGGUGCCUCCCAGUCCCGCUGGAGCCAUGGCGGCCGCGCCGGCCGCGCUUCCGGCGCUUCCGCCCCCCGGGGAGCCCUGGCGCCGUGGCGACAGGUGCUCGGUUUGGUCCAACUCGGCGCAGCGCUGGUGCGAUGGCGAAGUCGUGAACCUGGCCGAGCGGGCCACUGAGAAGGUUCCGCAGGGGAGCGUGGAAGUGGCCUUCGAGCUCGGGCGCAAGCGUGGCCCCCGGGCCAUUUCAAACUAA